AUGGAACCAUUCCUGGACAAGGGCAGAAAUGUGACCACGGACAAUUUCUUUACAUCGCUAUCACUUGCAAAACGACUGCUUGAACGAAAAACCACCAUCCUCGGCACAGUCAACAAGAUUCGCCGGGAAAUUCCUCCAUCUACAAGACGUAUGGACCGUAACGAAUUCACCACUCAGUUGUUUUCGACCACGGGUGCGACUCUCACAGUUUACACUCCCAAACGGAAGAAGGCUGUCUACAUUCUCAGCAGCAUGCACAACCUCGUUCAGACGGAAGAUACCACCAAAAGGAAACCAAACACGGUCACCCUCUACAAUACCACAAAGUGCGGCGUGGAUAUUAUGGACCAGAUGGUGCGGGAGUACAGUGUCCGCUCAGGAACACGGCGCUGGCCAGUCGGGAAUUGGCUCACUCUCACGUUGGUGCAAAGAAGGCACAAAAGGAAGAAAUGCUUCGAAAACAACCCUCCACACCAAGCCCUGGAAAAAGACCCCUGUGUCAGGUGA